GGAUGGAGGAAGGUUUUGAUGUGGAGCGGAUGGUGGACAAACUCCUGGAAGGCCACAAUGACUUGAUGAACCUGAAGGAUAUCCAAGCGCCUGGGCCAAGGCUCCGUGGGGAGUUGAAAGGACGACUCUCGCGAAGAUUGGUGCCAAAUGUCCAUCUGAGUACGGUCCUGCCCAGGGAGGUGGAGUGGAUGGAGGCAGGGACAAAGAUGGAUUGGAAAUGUGUGGCGUGCGGGCAGGUGGAUCUGGUGAUAAAGAAUCAGAAGUGCACUGGGAUGGUGGACACGGGCGCAAAAAUGAAUAUCAUCAGGGAGAAGGAGGCGGUGAUGAUAGGCAUGGAGAUCGACCGCUCGGACCAUGGCAUGCUGCAUGGCGCCAACUGCAAGGCCGUUUUUUGCAGCACGGCGUCUAAUGUGAUUAUAGAGAUUGGGAAGGUGCGAGCCAGGACGUGCUUCUUCGUCAUGCCCGAUGUCGAUCAUCCCAUCCUUCUGGAAAGGUCGUUCCUGUGUCGAACGGAGAUGUUGAUUUUUAAUAAGCACGACGGGACAAUGAUCCUGCUCCUAUGCGACCCAGCGUGCGGGAACUACGAAGUUGUCACCUGCCGAAACACGGGGCCGGGGAGCGGGAGGAACAUGCCUAAUCUCGGCUCAUUCACCUUCGAGGAAUCGGAGAACGAGCGAAGACGGCUUUGGGAAGUGCACGAGGAGGAGGAUAAGGCUGAGGUGCUGACAAUGAGCCUCACAGAUGUGAAUAAGGUCAUGGAGGUGGUGUCCGCUCAUGACAUGGCGGAUCCGGAGGCCAUUAAGGCAUUGAGGAAGCAGGUUUUGGAGAACCCUCAAGUGGGAGAGGUGGAGUUGGUGUAUCGGCUUUCGGGAGGGGGAGGAGGCCCUGCAAUGGCCCAGGCCCGAACGACAAAUAAGAAGUGCCGCCCAGUUCCCGUGCUCGUCACGGAGGAUGAGGAAGCCUACUACGAGCGGGAACGAGGAUUGAUACGGCGUAUGCGGGAGCACGCGUUGGUCGGGCCGUGGUGUAUCAACGACGAGAAUGAGGGGAAGUUGAUAAUCGGGGAGCCCGACUUCCUGUCGCCCCAGGAGAGAGCGUUGAUGGUGGGACUGAUGAAGAAAAGGCACCGUGCGUAUGUGUUCAAUGACGACGAGCGUGGGAGGCUAGAUGUGGAUAAGAUUCCGAUGAUACGAAUCCACACUGUUCCACAUGAGCCAUGGAAUCUAAGAGGCACACGAUACCCAAAUCCGGAUGAGGAGAAGAAGGUGGUGGACUACCUGGACGGCAAGAUGCGGACGCACGUGGCCGACUAUUCCAGUGGACCGUAUGCGUCGCCUUGGUUUUGUUUUAUUAAACCAAAUGGGACGCUAAGGUGGGUGCAGGACUUGCAGCGGCUAAAUGUGGUGACAGUGCGGGACGCGGGAGGGUUGCCGAACACGGACGCAUUGUCAGAGUCGUGCGUAGGGAAACCUAUAAUCUCGCUUAUAGACCUCAACUCGGGGUACGACAAAUUCUCCGUAUACCCGCCAGACAGGCCCGUAACGGCGAUGCACACACCCAGAGGUUUUAUUCACAUGAACAUGGCGCCUCAAGGUUGGACGAAUGAAGUAGCGAUGGUGCAGAGGCAUAUGAUCAGAGCCAUGCAGACGGUCAGCCCAUAUAUCACCCAGCCCUAUAUCGAUGACCUGGCGGUCAAAGGUCCGAAGGAGAAGGAGGAAGACGAAGUGAUACCCGGUGUGCGGCGCUUUGUCUGGAAGCAUGUUCAAGACAUCGAUCAGGUUCUAGGGUUAUUGGAGAAACAUAACCUUACGGCGAGCGGCCCCAAGUCGAAACAUUGAACGCACAGUCUGGUGGAGGAAGUGAAGACAAUAGAGGAAGACCCCACUCAGGUAGAGGAGCAUGAGCAGCUAAUGGGAGGGAUGUACCUGCUCACCAAUAUUCUCCUGCAAGGAGACUUCGACCGGAAGGGCUCGUUCAGUCAUGAGGAAGGUGAGAUUUUAGUUCAUGAAAGUCAGGACGACGAAUUCGAGGAAGGAGAAAUCAAGGAGGCAUUUCGGGCGGAGGAGUAUGAUGGGGUCUACCGGGAAUUGGGGUUGCUUCUAUCAUGUGAGAUGAGGGAUAGAGAUGUAAGUGCCAAGGCACAAAAGAUGAGGCACCUCUAUGUGGUAAGAGACGGCCACUUGUUUAUAACGCGGCAGGUCGGGAACCCCAAGAGGAUCGUAUGUGGGAAAAACCGGCAAACCGAUAUCAUAGCAGCCCUACACGAUGGUAUAGCAGGAGGGCACAGAGGAAUAAGUGCCACAUGUGCAAAGAUAAGCGAGCUCUACCAUUGGGAUGGGAUGCUGAUGAUGGUUAUCAAAUACUGUCAGUCCUGUAUACCUUGCCAAGAAAGGUCAGCGCAAAGGUUUGGGGAGCCCCUACACCCAAGGUUGGAAAGGGAAGUGGGUGCGGUCAUACACUUGGACCUGUUAUUCAUGCCAGCAGGGGAGAAUGGGUGUAACUACAUCUUCGAUGCACGGGAUAACCUUACUGGGUUUGUGGACGGACGAGUUAUCCAGACGAAGACUGACUCGGUUUUGGCGAACUGCAUCGAGGAGUAUUACCUGCGAUAUCCUUUUGUCAAGGAGUUCGUGAUGGAUCGAGGAUCAGAGUUUACCUGCAAUGAGGUGAGGACGUUGCUUGCAAGGUCUGACUUUUCGAAGACAGUCAUGCAGAGGGGCGGGAGGGGCGCGCGGCCACGACAGAGGCCUGAGGGAGCAUCAGGAGGGGAUGACUUGCACAGACCGUUUGGGAGGGAGUCUACGCCUAUCUUCGACGACGAUAACACAGAGCUUUUUCUGGACUCCUACCAGGCACAUGCGGCACGGGAGGGCUGGUCUACCUUGGAGAGGAUACGGCAUUUGAGGGGAGUUGGGCGUUUUGAGGAGCCCAUCGCACAUAUUCGGGAGGAGGCGUUGACCUGGCAGGAUGUGGAGGCGAGGAUGCAGAUGUUGAGGGCUUCGCCGCUGGGACCAGAUGGGCUGCCUAUUCGGUUGGAGGAAGGCAAUGCGGAGGAGUUCAUCCCUGCCUACGAGCAGUAUAUGUGCGACCAGGGGGCUGGGCAGGAAGAGUGGAUGCAGACGCUCAUCUCGAUGCCCCAGUGGGGGGCGUCACAGCUGGGAGCGGACCAGAGCGGACCGGCAUGGUAUGAGCCAGUAGAGGAUGAGCCAGAGGAGGAGCCACUUGAGCCGGGGCCUGAGGCGGGGCCUCGUGGACCCGAGGAGCCGCAGAUUGAGGGGAUUAUCACUGUUGGGGAUGAUACCCCUCCUCCUGCCACGAUUCCAGAAAAGGCACGGCAGUAUUGGCCUGAACGAAUUCCUAAGCCGGAUAGCGAGGAAAUGUUGGGGCCUCCAUCGGAAACUACUAUGCCACCUCCGACGCUGGCGGAGCCAGAGGAGGGCGAGAGAGCGAGGAUACCUACUACUAUGGUACCACAUCUAACUGAGCCUACAGGUGAACGCAUGGAUGUGGAGGUGCCGACAUCCGGGGAGCCUCCGCUAGGGCCGCCACCCAUAGAGGAGGGGACGAGUGAGAGAGACUCACUGCGAGAGGCCCAUGGGGCGCGGGCAAGGAGGCCAUCAGGGGAGACGAAAGAAGAGAAGCGCGCGAGGGUGCAGGACAAUGCGAGGGUGGACGAGGCACGAGAGACAGGGGACUUGGGGCUUUCAGCUGCCAGGAUGGAGAUUGAGCGUGCAGAUAGGAGGAUAGGUGAGGUGGCGAUCUCGUCCUUCCAAUGGUACUCCAUGCUCAGCGAUGAGUUGGCGGCCUCGAGGUUAGAGGUGGGACAGUUGUCCACCCAGUUGGCAGAAGAGAGGGCAGAGAACCAAGCACGGAGGUCCCGUAUGGAAGUCAAGGAAGUUGAAUGGGAGAAGAGGCUCCAGGACAUGGCGGCGAUGGUGGAAAGGCUCUCGGCCACUAAGGUGGUCGACUGGACGGAGCAGAGCCGGUAUGGUAUCCAGGGGAAGGAGGUACAGGGGCUCUUUGGCCGGGAAGGGACGACAGAGCCACCUCAGCAAGGAGGUAUGGGGAAGGUAUUCCUGGACCCAAUAGAGGCGGCAACAAGGCGGGAGGCCGAGGAGGGGAGGUUCAGCUUCAGGAUGCCCACGGAGUUGGCCUCGCAACAGGCCACCCCUAUGACGAUUGAGAUCCCUGAGGGCGAGCCGGAGGGUGCCCUUACGGGAGCAGCAGCAUCCACUGAGUCGGAGGCAAUGGGGGGAGAGGAGUCUCGACUGGAUGAGUUAGUGGCAGCUAUGGAGUUGGACAUGCCGUCAGGAGGGCCUCAGAGACAGAAGACCCCAGAGCGUGUGCCAGAGAUGGGGGGGCUGAGGACGCAGUUAGGCUCUUGGGCUACUGGAGCUGACUCAGGAGAGCACAUCUCAGAGCAGCAGCAGGAAGUUAUGAGCGAGCCAGCAACUGUCGUGACUCCCCAUCCUUCUGACCUGCAUAGGGACGAGGGGGCGACUGUGUUGGGAGGAGUCCGCGAGGAGACGAUGGUUGGUCUGCGAGAGCAGUCGGCAUCGCCGUGGACUUCUGGUUCGCUUCAGAGCAACGACUGUGACGACUUGCAGCGUGCUUUCGACUCUGAUGCUUUGGUGGGAGCAAUUGGAGGUCCAGUCAUCGCACCAGGGUUUUCAACGGAUUUAACCAAUGUUCUUGAAUUCAAGAUUGCUUGCAAGCGGGCAGUUGAGGAUCUUAUUGGUUUUCUCGACGGAAUAGAACUUCCAGCCGUGGGACCUGAUAUAAGUGUGCACGAUCUUCGGAUACCUACCGUGGAAGAACAAGUAGAGGAAGCGUUAAAACGGGAACUAGAGCAGCGUCUGCUCUCCGAGCCUCCUGAUUCACGCGCUGUUUCAACGACCAUCCAUGAGCCGCCUCCUCCCGCGGAUGAGGAAUUGGUAGGGGGUCCAUCCUCCUCACCAGUGAAUGAUCUUAGGAAUGAUCAAUGUCUGUCAGGGGGUUGCGAUGAGGCGGGUUUACGGGGAAACCGUGAGCGAGAACAAGAUGGUCCUGAGCAAUCUAGUACCUUGAGGCGAAACCCUGCAGGGGACCCUUUGGAAACGCCGUCUGGCCCGGGGAGUCCUCCCAGUUUCAAUGAUGAUCGACAACAGCUGAAUAGCUGCUGCCAAGAUGACGGGCCGGGCAUGAACGGAGCCGUCGGUGCCGAGCAGCCUGAGCAGCGAAACUCGGCAGCAAGCUCAGUCCAUGCCCAUAGAUUGCCCUCUACGAUGGAGGAAGAUAGUGGGCCAGUGGCUUGUGCCACAGACAAUCGAACUUGUCCGCCAGCGAGCCAGAGCGGUCCAGGUGCACUGGGCAUUAGAACCGCCCUUGGUCCCCAGGAAGGACCAGGUACUACUUUCCCUCCUGGGACGGGAACUGCAGCUGUUCUUGAAGGCAGUAAUCAUGAUAACCAUGCUAGAACAGAGUCCAAUGGAACGCCAGCCCUUCUUCCUGGUGCAAAGGACAGCGUGGGAAAUGAUCUGCAGGGGAAAAAGCUGUCCUGUCUGCAGACUCAAUUGGAUUGCGGACCAAAUGAAACAGGCAACACUUGUGAACAAAGCUCAGAAUGCCCGACUCGUGUAGAUGCACAUCGCGUUGAUGGUUUGCGGAGGAGCAGUCCCGCGCACGAGCAGCCUGUCGAUUGCCUCCCUCCACCUGAGAUGACGAGAAGUGGACCGAACGGGCAGGGGAACGGAGGGAUAACAUCCGUAUCACUGUCUUCUGCUCCACAACCACAACCACAGUUGCCCCCCCCGGCGACGGCGAAUGAGGACGCGGAUGCACAAAUGGGCCAUGCGCAAGGCGAAGGUGGUUUGGGAGGGGAGAUGUCUGAUUAUGACAAUGGCGAUGCGGCAGCAGCGAAGAAUGCCAGUGGCAACGGGAGAAGAGGGAAAGGACGCCAGAGAAUGUCGAAGCCAGCACAGAUGCAAGGACAGAAACGUCAACAGAGGCGCAAAGGAGUAGUGCUUGCGGAGGAAAGCUCUGCAGGAGCGCAGGUGCUCGAACGAGAACAGGAACGCCCACCAGCCACAGGAGGGAGGAGGAAAAAGAGGAAACCAGCGAGCGAUGAUGAAGAUACAGAACAACCAAGUCAGAAGAGAGCGAAGACAGACCGACAAAGCCAAAAAAAUAGAGAUCGUCUGCCCGAACAUCUGAAGCACAUGAUCUCUCAUGUGGUCAGUGGAGACGGUGGCAGCGCUGAUGCCAUGCUACGUCAGGCGAUGGUGACCCGCAUACGCGAGAAGAGAGAUGCCAUGAAGAGUGCAUCCAAUUUGCGCUGCUUGACAGAUUCCAAGGAACGUGCCCCACCGGCGUUGAAAGUCUGUGCUCGCGGCAAUCACCGCGAGGCGGAAGGCCGAGGCAAAGCAGUAGCAGAAGAUGACGGCGCUGACAACAGCUCUGAACCAGGAGAUGCCCCGAUGCCUGGGGAGGAAUUGCGUGACGACGUGUCCGCAGGGGAAGUAGUCCUUAGGGUUGCACUCUACCAUCAUGAAAAGCGAAACAUCAAGGCACAGGAGUUUCAGGUCUUGGGUAGCCAGUACCUAACUCAGCUCCGCGACCGGUUCUGCUGCACGUCUGAUAAAAUUGCCAAGGACCACGAUAUCGAUGCCCCGUCGGGUUUUAUCUGCAUUGAGAACACCUUUUACAGUGACCUACGACGAGCAGAUGCCAUCGAUUACAGUGAGGACAUCAUGAGACGGCUGUUGUCGUACCAAGAAAAAAAGGGCAACCGAAAAGCCUCGGAGGGUCCUCGCAGAGGUAGCAAACAAGUGUCCCGAGCGGGAGCUGGAGAAACAGCAGGUGAAGGUAACUCGCGGCAGCCAAAAAGCUCUAAUGCGAGGCGCAGGGCUAGUAAGCAACCAUGCCAAUCUGGAGAAGCAGGUGAGGGGUGCUCCAAGUGGCCAAAGAGUUGCCCUUAUGGCAGUAGCAGGAUGGAAUGCACUCGCUUUGAAGAUCUCCGUAUUCGGUUGGGGUUCCCGUACGUAUACUGCCAUCAGGGCAGUUGCUAUCAUCGAAUCCAGUUCUCAGACUUGAGGCUUAUCCACGAUAUGGAUGUACACAAUACGGCGAAGUAUCCGGUUCUUCAGUUUCAGCCACGACUGCGAAAACGCAAAUGCACGAUCUGCGAGGUGUACCAUGCCUCCAGGGUCACGUAUGCGGACAAGUUGGCGCCGACAACACCCUGUCUCUUCUGCGACCAAUGCUUCUUCCUCCUCCAUUAUGACGAGGAUGGAGUUCUAGUUUACGACGAUUUUCAGGCAUACCCAGUUUACAACGAUUGACCUGUGCGGGUCUCACCGAAAAGUUUUUUUUUUUGUCUUGGACCAUUUCUCAAUUUAUGCCCGUCUUCCUUCCGCCGGGGCCAUGCCAAUCUGCUCUGUAUCGUUCCAAUGUUCAUGGAUGUCCCGGAGGGUGGAUGGCCCCAAAGUUGUUAGUCUUCUCACUUGCUGCUUUUUUGACACGAGGGCCAUCAUCUGCCUGGAGAAUCCUUUGAAAAUAAAGGGAGGAAAGAAUAAUUUUCGAGAAGCGGAAAGAGAAACAAAGAUAAAGAAAGGGGCACCCAGAAAUGCCAGCCUUCUGGCCACUGGCUCCAGUCUACUGUGGAACAAUUAAUCAAUCGCCCCGGUUCAU